CAAGCAAAGAUGUUAUUAGCCCAAGAUGUCAAAUAUAAAAGAGGCUUCAAAUUCGACCACGUCUGGCCUAUCCUCAAAGGCAUGGAAAAAUUUACAAAUAACAACGGUAAUGCACCUAGUGCAUUCCACGAAGAAGGUCGUAAUAUUUCAUCAUCCCCAUCAUUUUCAGUUGAUCCUGAGUCAUCACCAUCCCCCGGUAUGAAUUCAUUUGAUCUAAAUAUAAAUUCUGACGAAGGCACUUCUAAUUUAUCUUCAAGACCUAUGGGUGUGAAGAAAGCUAAGAGAAAAUUACAAUCUGAAGAACAAUUUAAACAAUUGAUGGAGCAAAAUGAUAAACUUCUCAAAGCUAUAACUAAAGGUAAUUCGGAACGAAAUGAAAUUCAAAGGCAAAAGGUCGAGGUAGCAAAAAUGAAAGAAGAGAAUAAAAUAUUAUUCGCAGAUUUGAAUUCUAUAACUGAUCCUGCAUCUCGUGCUUAUAUCGAAAAUCGGAAACAAGAAAUUAUAAGAAAACGAGCUCAAACCAGUCAAUCUAACGAACAAGGAGAAGAUGUCCAAUACCAAUAUCAUGGAUCACAAUAUCGAACAUCACAAUAUCAAGGAGAUCAAGCUGAAGGACAACCAUCUCAUAGAGAACAAGUUCAAGGUGAAAACCAAAUGUCACCAAAUGAUCAAGAAGAUUAUACCCCGUAUUAUAAUUAUCUUGAUGGAGCUGAUAAUAAUUUUCCGGGUUUUUAGAUUAUUAUGUUAGUCAAUCUAAUGUUUUCCAGUUUUUUUUUUUUGGCAAAUUUAUGUAUUUUUUUUAUUUCUGCAAAUCUAUUUUCUUGUAUGCACUUUUUAUGUUUGGUUGGUGUUUAUUUGGGUAAUUUUAUGUAUUUUAAAUGA